AUGCGCGGCGUGAGCCGGCCGACGCUGUCCCUGUGGCUGGGGUUAGUGUUGGCGGUCCUGAACAAGGUGGCGACGCAGGCGUGCCCGGCGCAGUGCUCCUGCUCGGGCAGCACCGUGGACUGUCACGGGCUGGCACUGCGCAGCGUGCCCAGGAAUAUCCCCCGCAACACCGAGAGACUUGAUCUGAAUGGAAAUAACAUCACACGGAUUACGAAGACGGAUUUUGCUGGUCUUAGACACCUCCGAGUUCUUCAGCUUAUGGAGAACAAGAUUACUGCCAUUGAAAGAGGUGCGUUCCAGGACCUUAAAGAGCUGGAGAGACUGCGUUUAAACAGAAAUCACCUUCAGCUGUUUCCUGAAUUGCUGUUCCUUGGGACUUCGAAGCUAUACAGACUUGAUCUCAGUGAAAACCAAAUUCAGGCUAUUCCAAGGAAGGCUUUUCGUGGGGCAGUUGACAUUAAAAAUUUGCAGCUGGAUUACAACCAGAUCAGCUGCAUUGAAGAUGGGGCGUUUAGGGCUCUCCGGGACCUGGAAGUGCUCACUCUCAAUAAUAACAACAUUACAAGACUUUCUGUUGCAAGUUUCAACCAUAUGCCUAAGCUGAGGACUUUUCGGCUGCAUUCGAACAACCUGUACUGUGACUGCCACCUGGCCUGGCUCUCCGACUGGCUUCGCCAGAGGCCCCGGGUGGGCUUGUACACUCAGUGCAUGGGGCCUUCACAUCUGAGAGGCCACAAUGUAGCAGAGGUUCAGAAACGAGAGUUUGUCUGCAGCGGUCACCAGUCAUUUAUGGCCCCUUCUUGCAGCGUUUUGCACUGCCCUGCUGCGUGUACCUGCAGCAACAAUAUCGUAGACUGUCGUGGGAAAGGGCUCACCGAGAUCCCCACAAACCUGCCAGAGACCAUCACAGAAAUACGCUUGGAACAGAAUUCAAUCAAGGUCAUCCCUCCUGGAGCUUUCUCACCGUAUAAAAAGCUUAGGAGAAUUGACCUGAGCAAUAAUCAGAUCUCUGAGCUGGCACCGGAUGCUUUCCAAGGCCUGCGCUCUCUGAAUUCACUUGUCCUGUAUGGAAAUAAAAUCACAGAACUGCCAAAAAGUUUAUUUGAAGGACUAUUUUCUUUACAGCUACUAUUAUUGAAUGCCAACAAGAUAAACUGCCUUCGGGUAGAUGCUUUUCAGGAUCUCCACAACUUGAACCUUCUCUCCUUGUAUGACAACAAGCUUCAGACCAUUGCCAAGGGGACCUUCUCACCUCUCCGUGCCAUUCAAACUAUGCAUCUGGCCCAGAACCCAUUUAUCUGUGACUGCCACCUUAAGUGGCUGGCGGAUUAUCUCCAUACCAACCCAAUCGAGACCAGCGGUGCCCGUUGUACCAGCCCUCGCCGCCUGGCAAACAAAAGAAUUGGGCAGAUCAAAAGCAAGAAGUUCCGUUGUUCAGCUAAAGAACAGUAUUUCAUUCCAGGUACAGAAGAUUAUCGAUCAAAAUUAAGCGGAGACUGCUUCGCAGAUUUGGCUUGCCCUGAGAAGUGCCGCUGUGAGGGGACCACCGUAGACUGCUCCAAUCAAAAGCUGAACAAAAUCCCUGAUCAUAUUCCCCAGUACACUGCAGAGCUGCGUCUCAAUAAUAAUGAAUUUACAGUGCUGGAAGCCACAGGAAUCUUUAAGAAACUUCCUCAAUUACGUAAGAUCAAUUUUAGCAACAAUAAGAUUACAGAUAUUGAAGAGGGAGCCUUCGAAGGAGCAUCCGGAGUGAAUGAAAUACUUCUUACCAGUAACCGCUUGGAAAAUGUUCAGCAUAAGAUGUUCAAGGGUUUGGAAAGCCUCAAAACUCUGAUGUUGCGAAGUAAUCGAAUAAGCUGUGUAGGGAAUGACAGUUUCAUAGGACUCAGUUCUGUGCGCUUGCUUUCUCUAUAUGAUAAUCAGAUUACUACGAUUGCACCAGGGGCAUUUGAUACUCUCCAUUCUUUAUCUACUCUAAACCUCUUGGCCAAUCCUUUUAAUUGUAACUGCUACCUGGCAUGGUUGGGAGAGUGGCUCAGGAAGAAAAGAAUAGUAACAGGAAAUCCGCGGUGUCAGAAACCAUACUUCCUCAAAGAAAUCCCCAUCCAGGAUGUGGCCAUUCAGGACUUCACUUGUGAUGACGGAAAUGACGACAAUAGUUGCUCUCCACACUCUCGCUGUCCUGCAGAAUGUACUUGUUUGGACACGGUAGUCCGAUGUAGCAACAAAGGCUUGAGGGUCCUGCCGAAAGGUAUUCCAAGAGAUGUCACAGAGCUGUAUUUGGAUGGCAACCAGUUUACACUGGUUCCUAAAGAGCUAUCUAACUACAAGCAUUUAACACUCAUAGACUUAAGCAACAACCGAAUAAGCACCCUCUCUAAUCAGAGCUUCAGCAACAUGACGCAGCUUCUCACCUUAAUUCUUAGUUACAACCGUCUGAGAUGUAUUCCACCUCGAACCUUCGAUGGAUUGAAGUCUCUUCGUUUACUCUCUUUACAUGGAAAUGACAUUUCUGUUGUGCCAGAAGGUGCUUUCAAUGACCUUUCUGCAUUGUCCCACCUAGCAAUUGGAGCCAACCCUCUUUACUGUGAUUGUAACAUGCAGUGGCUAUCCGACUGGGUGAAGUCGGAAUAUAAGGAACCGGGGAUCGCUCGCUGUGCUGGUCCUGGAGAAAUGGCAGAUAAGCUGUUACUCACCACUCCCUCCAAAAAGUUUCUGUGUCAAGGCCCUGUGGAUGUCAAUAUUCUUGCAAAAUGCAAUCCCUGCUUAUCGAAUCCAUGUAAAAAUGAUGGUACCUGUAACAACGAUCCAGUUGACUUUUAUAGAUGUACCUGUCCAUAUGGUUUCAAGGGGCAAGACUGCGAUAUCCCAAUCCACGCAUGCAUCAGUAACCCAUGUAAACAUGGAGGAACUUGCCACUUAAAAGAAGGAGAAAGGGAUGGAUUCUGGUGUAUUUGUGCCGAUGGAUUUGAAGGAGAAAAUUGUGAGGUCAAUGUUGAUGAUUGUGAAGAUAAUGACUGUGAAAAUAACUCAACAUGUGUUGAUGGAAUUAAUAACUACACGUGCCUUUGCCCACCUGAGUACACAGGCGAGUUGUGUGAGGAGAAACUGGACUUCUGUGCCCAGGACCUGAAUCCCUGCCAGCAUGACUCCAAGUGCAUCCUGACACCAAAGGGAUUCAAGUGUGACUGCACACCGGGCUACAUUGGUGAGCACUGUGACAUUGACUUUGAUGAUUGCCAAGACAACAAGUGUAAAAACAGUGCCCACUGCACAGAUGCUGUGAAUGGCUAUACGUGCAUCUGCCCCGAAGGUUACAGUGGCUUAUUCUGUGAGUUUUCUCCACCCAUGGUUCUUCCCCGGACCAGCCCCUGUGAUAAUUUUGAUUGUCAGAAUGGAGCCCAGUGCAUCAUCAGGAUAAACGAACCAGUGUGUCAGUGUUUGCCUGGCUACCAGGGCGAGAAGUGUGAAAAACUGGUCAGUGUGAAUUUUGUGAACAAAGAGUCCUAUCUUCAGAUUCCUUCAACCAAGGUUCAGCCCCAGACAAACAUCACUCUUCAGAUUGCCACCGACGAAGACAGCGGCAUCCUCCUUUAUAAAGGUGACAAAGACCACAUUGCCGUGGAGCUGUACCGAGGGCGAGUUCGUGCCAGCUAUGACACUGGCUCUCACCCAGCUUCUGCCAUUUACAGUGUGGAGACGAUCAAUGAUGGAAACUUUCACAUUGUGGAGCUGCUGGCCUUGGAUCAGAGCUUGUCCCUCUCAGUGGAUGGAGGCAGCCCCAAAAUCAUCACCAACUUGUCAAAGCAGUCCACCCUGAAUUUCGACUCCCCACUUUAUGUAGGAGGCAUGCCUGGGAAGAACAAUGUGGCGUCCCUACGCCAGGCUCCAGGAAAGAAUGGUACCAGCUUCCACGGCUGCAUCCGGAACCUUUACAUCAACAGUGAGCUGCAGGACUUCCGGAAGGUACCCAUGCAGACAGGCAUUCUGCCCGGCUGCGAACCAUGCCACAAGAAGGUGUGCGCGCAUGGUACAUGCCAGCCAGGCAGACAGUCAGGCUUCACCUGCGAGUGUGAAGAAGGAUGGAUGGGGCCCCUCUGUGACCAACGGACCAAUGACCCUUGUCUUGGAAAUAAAUGCGUACAUGGCACCUGCCUGCCAAUCAAUGCAUUCUCCUAUAGCUGUAAGUGCCUGGAGGGCCAUGGAGGAGUCCUUUGUGAUGAAGAGGAGGAUCUGUUCAACCCCUGCCAGACGAUCAAGUGCAAGCACGGAAAGUGCAGGCUCUCAGGACUGGGGCAGCCCUACUGUGAAUGCAGCAGCGGGUACACUGGGGGCAGCUGUGAUCGAGAAAUCUCUUGCCAAGGGGAACGGAUAAGAGAUUAUUUCCAAAAGCAGCAGGGCUAUGCCGCCUGCCAAACCACCAAGAAGGUCUCUCGCUUAGAAUGUAAAGGGGGUUGCGCGGGAGGGCAGUGCUGCGGGCCGCUGCGGAGCAAGCGGCGGAAAUACUCUUUCAAGUGCACGGACGGGUCUUCCUUUGCAGACGAGGUUGAGAAGGUGGUGAAGUGCGGCUGUACAAGGUGUGCAUCCUAAAAGCCCGUCGCUGCUGCUCCCACCUUGGCCUCGGGCAGAGUUUGUACAGUAUCCUUCUUGACCAGGUUGAACUGAUUCAGGCUUCAUAGUGGAAAUAUUUGAAAUAUAUUGUAAAAUACAGAACAGACUUAUUUUUAUUAUGAGAAUAAAGACUUUUUUUCUGCAUUUGGAAAAAUAAAUAAAUAAUAAAAUAAAAGACGUGCUUGAACUGAAGCUUCCCUCAUGCUGGAGAAGUGUGCAGAGAGCUACAGUUCCAGGCGUCAGAGCCACGACGCGGACCACUGGGACAGGAUCCAGCUUGAAACAGGCUGGAGAUGAGCAGAAGCACAUUCAGUACUCCAGAGGCUGUCCCUGGUCCACACCCAUGCAGUCCACCAGGACACUUGAAGCACACGCGUGUGAAUGAGUCUGCCAGGCUAAAGAAUGGAACUCCAGAAUGCACAGAAAAAAGAAAUGCAUGAGAAGAGGUUCGUGCAAAAUACAAAGGACACUGAAGAUGUGGACUUCAUUCUCGAGAGGAAACAAGAAGUGGCGUGCUAUGAUAUAUUUUACUUGCUUUUUAAACAUCAGCAUGUCAGCAGAAGCCGCACACAAAAGUGAUUAUCUACCCUUUUCCAGUAUUAAUUUUUGUAAUAUAAAUGAUAAAGGAGAUGAUAAAGAACCAAUAGAUUAUUGAUAAAUAAAUUAGUAAUAAUAUGAAUUUUUGUUUCUAUGAGUUCUAAACAGCCCUAUACAGUAUUCACUUUCAACGAGGAAUAUUUAUUGUAUCAAAGUACGUUGUACUUAACGUUUUAGACCAUUCUUUUGCUGUUUCUCGAUGCUUUAAUAUAUAUUAAUUUAUAAUUAUCCUGAUAUUUUUGUACAUUUUUCAAACUUAAAAAAAUCAGGAUUUUUUUUUUUUUUUUGCAAUAGUACUAACAUAGGAUGUUAUCUCCGGAUAAAUAUGUGUUGGUCUGUUUGACCUUGACAAAUGACCACUAGUGUCACUGCCUUACUGGUGGGCACAUGCAGAGCACCUGCAGAGGGUAUGGGAAGUCCAAGGGGAGAAGAGGCACCUCUGCGUGUGAGGCUGUUCUUGCACGGAGAGAAGCAGCCCUUCCACAGCUUGUGCCCGCAGCAGAGAGAUGGUGUAUAACCAGCGGCACUAGGUGUAGCUCUUACCAAUUAAUAUUUUCUUCAUGGGUUCUGCCAUUUUACUGGGGGUGGGAGGCUGGGAGAAAAGAAGACUACCGUGUCCAAAAUUGUAAGGUUUCCCCAAAUGAUAAAACUUACUACCUUAAUGUUUCUGUAUUAACCUAUUUGCUGCCAAAUUAUGAUGUAGAAUUGACAAUGAUUUAUAGUGGACUGUGCUUUACCCUUAUUAAAUUACCAGGGUGCCCUGUAAAGAUGCAGAUGUUUCUCCCUCUGUCCCUCCAAGAAAAAAAAAAAAAAGAUUUUACGAAGAGAAUUAGAUGUACAUGUAUAAUUCAGUGUGCUUUGUCUUUCUCUAGACUGAUAUCAGUUACACUACUGAUGUUUGUAGAUUAAACAGCUAUUUACUUCAUUAA